CGUUACGAUCCAUUCCUUCUCUGGUAUCGGUCUUGGUACAGAUUCCGCAGACGUACUAGUCAAUAAAGUCAAGAAAAACAAAAAAGCUUAUUCCCGGUGGAUAAGGACGAAGGUUUUGAUCAUUGAUGAAGUGUCGAUGGUGGACGGUGAUCUUUUCGAUAAAAUUGCUCAAGUCGGAAGUAGGUUGAAAAGUACCACGAAACCCUUUGGAGGCAUUCAAUUGCCACCUGUCGGAAAGUCUGGCGUCAAAUUCGCUUUUGAGGCGAAACUGUGGAGUGAAACCAUUAAGAGAACGUUUAAUCUUACAAAGGUAUUCAGGCAGACAGAUCAAAAAUUUGUCAACAUGCUGAAUGAAAUGCGUUUUGGCUGCUUGUCCGCCACAUCAAUCGCCAGAUUCCGCUCCUUGGCAAGGAAUAUAGAGUACGAUGAUGGACUUGGGCCGACUGAACUGUGAGUGACGAUAUUUUAAUACAGGGCUGUUAUUUGAAUCGUAUCCCAGAUUCCCGCGUCGCGAAGAAGUCGAUAGGUCUAAUAGUGGA